CAAUGAUAUGUCUAUGUCGAGUGAUUACCAAUGUCAAGGGGGCAUCCCUUGUAAAUAAACGCACAUGGACAGAGGGAAUCCCAAGCCCUGGUAAUGUAUUCUGUUGUAUGUUGCCAUAAACCAAGAAUUAACCGUUAACCAUGGAGGAAUAAGUGCACACUGAUCACUCCACGAGUGCAUUUUACUUCUGUCGAGGAGCUGUAUGCAUGCUCCACUGAGAUGAUUCCACUCUUAGUAUGGGGUAGGAAGUAUUUCCAUACACCAGGAGUCUUAUGGAGGAGCAAGAAGCCAAUAAAACUGAAGGGAAGGAGUCCAAGCUCUCAGCAGUGGCUCAGCAGACAGGUCAAUGACCCUUACGUGAAGCAAGCCCAGAUUGAAAACUAUCGUGCUCGCAGUGCCUUCAAACUCUUGGAGAUCGAUGCAAGAUUUCGGCUCCUGAGACCAGGGCACGUGGUGGUGGACUGUGGAGCAGCACCUGGGUCAUGGUCGCAGGUUGCCGUGGAGAAGGUCAAUGCAUUGGGAACAGAUCCAAACAAACCCAAAGGGAAGGUAGUCAGUGUUGAUCUCCAAUAUUUUGAAGCAGUAGAGGGCGCCAUCCUACUCACGGAAUCGGACUUCACUCAUCCUGCGACACAGUCCAAAAUCCUUUCAAUUCUCAAUGGCCAACUCAUAAAUGCAGUGCUGAGCGACAUGGCUCCAAACGCCACUGGUGUUCGCGUCAUGGAUCACGAAAACAUUGUCCGGCUCUGCCGGUCCACUCUCAACUUUGCGCAGGACGUUCUGCGGGAAGAUGGCCAUUUUCUCGGCAAAUUGUGGGAUGGCCACGAAAUGGCCCGACUGAAGGAAGAAAUUGCCCGGGUAUUCCGCAGUGUAAAAGUGGUGCGGCCCGACGCUAGUCGGAAAGAAUCAUCCGAGAUCUUCCUUCUUGGGAAAGGGUUCAAAAGAUAUUUAAUCCACAAUGUAGGUGGUAUUCCUAAAACUGGUUGAAUCUUUUCGAAAGGCACCUUUGAGAACUACUUCUGUUCAAGGCAUGAGCACAUCUCAACCAAAUACAGUACAACACACUCUGUGUUUAUACUAAAACAAUAAUUUAUUAAAUUUCCAGGGAACCAACAGUUAAGUUGCAUAUUUCAUUAUUUUCCCGUAAAUAAGUCAGGUAAUUAACACCUUUUUGAUAUAAAGAAAUCUUUCAAUUAAAACAAUCCUUGGACUCCAGGGCACAUGUACACGAACAUCUUCAAGCUGUAUUUCCUAGUUUUCAAAAGUUUCUUUUUUGUACAUUGUGACAAGUUGACAAUAAAGUAGUAUUUAUUAGGUUUUUACUCUCUCA